CUGUAGAUAUUAUGUAAAAUGGAAACAUUAAAGCAACAGUUUUAUUAUUUCUAUCGCUUCUUAAAUCAUAUAGAACUAUUAUUAUUAUCUGCAUAAAACUGCAACUGCAUACGAUGCAUUUGAAUAAAACAGAACACAACCACCUUCCUUCUAAAUUGUGAAAAUGUGUUCUGUUUUUGCAGGGAGAUAUUGUUUUGUUGGCUUUAAAAAGCUACCUGAGGCCAGCUCUCACAAAUGAGCUUAUAGUCUUAGACGUAGGUGAGUUGUAUAUGCCUGACACAUGCGUGACAUAUGCUCAUGCUGAGGAGUUCACUGAAAGCCUCACUAAUCCUUUCAGCUGCCAGUUUUGUGUAUGGUAGAGAGGGAUGUGUUUCAAUGCACGCUACAAUGGCUUUUUUUCUAAACAUGGGCAUCGGUCGGUGGAUUUAUUUUGCCCAUCUAUAACAGGUGAGAGGGAAUUUAAAAUGGAUGUAUCAAGUUUUUUUUUUGGCAGCAUUUGGUGGCAUCCUUGUGGGGAAGGAUGUCAUCGGACAACCUCAGCCAUCCAAAAAUGACGUUGGCUAAGGACAUUGGCUAUUACUUGCAUCAUUCACACCUCUGGGUCUCAGAGUAGACAAGACAUUCAGCCUUUAUUUAAAAACCUCCAAAAUGGGUUGCUCACCAUCCAAAGGUAACCAUUUUGGGACUCUGGGUACCACGGGUAAGGAGAGAAUGCUUCCCCCUGCACCUCAAGGAAGCCUCAGGGAUUCUCAUUUUGAAGUUGUAGAGGAUCAUAAUUUGAUCAGAUCAACGGAAUGGGAUACAAGGGAGAAAAAGGCUGCUGGACAAAGAGAUGUACUUCAGAAAGAGGCUCAUUCGACGCCACAGAAAAAUGUAGCAGAGCUAGACCCCGAAGCAGGACUUGGGAGUCAAGGAAUGGACAGCAACGCAGUUUCAAAAAGAAAAGACAAAAAUUCUGACAUCCAGGCAGCGACAGAAAGGAAGCCUGGCAGAAAAGCCAAACGAAUUACUAGAGGUAAUAAGGGGCUUAAAAAGAAAGACAAGGACAAACAGAAACCGGCAGAAGAGAAAGUGGACUUCCCUGAACCGUUGGUUAAAGCUCACCAAGCUGCUUAUGUCUUUUUGAAUCCUAGCAUAAACAAAUAUGACUUUUUACUGGGACUUUUGGAACAAGCAACCGAAACACAGGUGUCUGUGCAGACCAUGGUUGCUUUCAUGGCUCUACGCUACGAGGAAAUGAUUCAGGCACUGGAGGAGAUGGCAGAUGAGGGAGAAAAACUUUUAAAAGAAAAUGGAGAACAUCUUGCUUGGCCAAGUCAAUUGGAAAACCUCUCAUCUUCUCCACAUUUGAAGUCUGCCUCUGCUAAUAGUGAGCCCCCACCAGAUUUGUUGCAGCAACUGCUUCAGUACACCACACAGAGAAUGCGAAAUGUGAGCCAGACUGUUGCUCGAAUUGGGGAGUGUGCAUUGGAGGAGGCAGUGGGAUACUUUUUGUCUGUCUCAGAGCUUUUAGAGGAGAAAAUGAAAGUCAAACGUGCGGUGGAGACUAGGCUAAUGCGACUCUUGUCUCGUAUUGAAAUGGCUUCUCUGCGCAAGCCCGGACCAGAGGAUUCGGCUCUCUUUAGUGAGGACAGUGGAAUUGGAGCUGAGAGUGAAUCCCUUGCUGGGUCUGAAAGACGCCAUAGACGAGAGAGUUGUGCGUCCACUGGGACAAACAGAACUACACCGGUCAGUUCCAGUAGAUACACUUCCACGAACAUUAGGCAAGAAGUAUCAAAGCAAAAGUAUACAAAUCAAAUAAGUUUUUCCUCCACCUCACUCAAUUCAUUAGGUUCCACAUGUACCAUAUUAGACAAUUACCAAAGAGACUCAGUGCUAGGAUCAGUUUCCUUAGAUUAUGGGGAGGAAGAAGACUAUGAUGAUGAUGAGGAGGAACUGGACAGGGACAUGGAAGAUGUAAGGAUUAGAAAGCAAUCCAAUUCUUCAGCUGCGGACUGUAAACAACAAAGUCCGCGCCGCUUGCCUCCAAAGCGCAUGGAGAAUCCUCAAAAUGUAGAAAUGACUCUCAAAAUGAAAAAUGCUAUUAGUGGAAGGAUACAAUUUGUCCCAUCACAGAAUGCUGGUGCUAAAACAAAGGUAGGGGGCAGCCCAAAAGCCAGUAGACGCCAGUGGAUGGAGGAGGAGGAACGCUCCCCAAGGAGACCUCAAACAACAGCACCUAUUCGUAAGGCGGUGGUAAAAAAGACGGCAGUGCCUAGAGAGCGACGUUCCCAGUCAGCUGAAUCCUUGCGUAGCAAAGGUGAAGAUCAUACUCUGCUUGAACUAGAGAGGACCCAAAAGGAUUUAAACGUGAGGUUACAAAGGAUGAGUAAAAGCAAGGCAGGUGGGAAUAUGAAGACAGCUCCAUUGAAACCGAACCAAGGAACCUCACCAGCACAAUCUCCAGCAAUACAUCGCAAGCAUCCCGCACUACAGAAGAACAGCAAUCCCCAACCACUCAAUGACCAAGUAGGCCUUACAAGUCGCAAAAGUAAAAAACAGGAGUUAGCUAGUGAUGUGGACGAUGAUAAACCUAAGGUAAAGAAAGCAGCCAAGGGCCCAAUAAAAGCGACCCCACCUCCCAGUCCUCCUGCAUCACCACGACCAUCUUCAGGGCUUUGCAGAGGAAGGAACUCAGUCAAAAGACUGAUCGAUACAUUUAGCCAAGGAAUAGAGGAUCUAGAAGAUGUUAAUAUUGCGGGGCCACUAAAAGGAGUACGAAAGUGUGGCGUUCCUGUGUUACCUGGUUUAGGGAAUGUGGAAGCCAUCCUCAGUAGUGGUAUAACCAGCUGUAGACCUGACUCUACUGUAUCUGAGAAAACCAACGAUUUAGAUGUGGAGAGUCUUCCUCCACCUCCAUUGGAAGUAUUAAUGGACACUUCAUUCGAAAGUGCCCAAAGUCUUUUAACUUUCAUAGCAGAUGAAGGGGCGACAAAACCUGUAAAAUCACCUUUAUUCAAAAGGGCUGCAGUAUCGCAACGACUGAGGGCUUCAGUUAGGUCAGUGACGGUGCUGCCAAGUAAAGGAGGCCUGCAACCAACUUCUAAAGUUAUUUCCCCUUGUAGAGCAGAUCAACCACAUGUAUCUGCUCUGUCAAAGGUCAAUCAACCAGAAGUCCAGUUGGAGGCAGACCCAAGGAAGGAAAAUGGUUCAGACAAAAAGAUCUUAUACCUAAGACAAUCUUCAGUCUUACAGAGAUUGUUAAAAGCUGAUGUAUCAACAAAUCCGUCGGCCAGUCAAGAAGAAUCAGCAGACAUACAAAAUUGUGGCGACUUUUCAGUGCCUGGAUGUAACACUGUAGUGUCAACAGUGCCUCCUCAUUCUGUGGUCAGGGGCCAACCAUUUGCCACAUCACCUGUGAAUAGAGGGCGAAUGUUACCCUCUACACCUGCUACGCCAAGCAAUCUACAUGGAAGACUUCCCAGUCCCAAUAGCUUAAAAAAGCAACCUACUCCACCUCCUUCAGCUAGCCCCCCUGUUAACAGGAAACUCCCCACACCGCCAGCGGUUCAAGGGAGACUCCCCAGCCCCCCUGUCACGAAGCAGAAUAUUUCAAACUUGACCUCCUCCUACCCUUUCAAAGCUCCGUCUCCCCCAGCCUCGCCAAAAGUACAAAGAUGGUCAAGGGAGAACAGCACUGAAGAUGUAUCUAGUGUUCGGAAGAUCAAUAACGCACGUUCAGUCUUCGGCCCUGCAUCGCCAUCCCUGUUUGAGGCCCAUCCUCGACCCCCUCAAGCGUGGACCUCUUCUGGGGUCUCCUUUCUCUUGCGUUCUUGGGGGAGUCGUGGGAGGUUUCCUGUAUCUGUUCAAGGACCUCGACCCUUCAUCCGACGAAGCCAUUCGGAUCAGAGGCCAAGUCCGAGUCUUCCACCAAGAUCGCAAACCGUCUCAGUGGCUGAGACUUGUGGGAGUGAGCCAUCAAUAUGCUUACAUGGGCUGGAUGAUGAACCAACCAGAGCCGAAGGGUUAUGGGGAAGCCAAUCAAACCUGAGAGGACCUCUACGCUCGGCAUCCCAGCCGGACCUAUGCGUUAUCGGACAGGCCUUGCACAGAGACUAAAGGGGACCAAUGGUGAGCCAGUGGGAUUAUGGAUUAGUCGGCGUUAACAAGGAUUAAAGAAGACAGUGUUUAACCCAACGUAUGAGAGAAAGAGCAGAUUGUGUCCAGCCUGCUGUGGUAAUGCAUCUUCACAAUGUUAAGGAUACAAGGGUGUGCAUACUUAAGCAUGUACACAAUUACAUUUUUACAACAUAGGUCAUUCAUUGCACGGCUUUGUAAUAAAUCUGCAGAUUGAGGUGUUUAAUCAUCACGUUUUCUUCAGUUCACUCAGUCUGGAGUAUUUCUUGGGUUAUUAAUCCAAUCGAUAAUGUUAUUGUCAAUAAUGAAAUAUCAUUGUCAUUGACUAUAGUUUUAUUAUUACAGGAAGA